AUGACCUCCGUCCCCGCCUCGGGCAGUAUCGAAGAGCGCGCCGCUGUAUUAGGAGAAGAUAUUGCCGCGAAAGCUAAUGGAAAAAACGUUAAUAUUAUCGCGCAUAGCAUGGGAGGACUGGAUGCACGAUUUAUGAUCUCGAGAUUACAGCCGCAAAAUGUAGAAGUGUUGAGUUUGACGACGAUCGCGACGCCGCAUCGUGGAAGCGCGUUUGCGGAUUAUUGUUUUGAGGAGAGUUGGUGGCAUGGGAUGAUUCCUAGGUUGAUUCGCAAAUUGAAUGAGGUGGGUAUUAGUACGGGGGCGUUCAUGCAGUUGACGAGGAAAUAUAUGAAUGAGGAGUUUAAUCCCAAGACGCCGGAUGAUGAGCGCGUAAGGUACUUUAGUUAUGGAGCUACCUGUGAUCCGAAGCUGUGGAGUGCGUUUCGGAAGAGUCAUGGGAUUGUGCGGAAGGUCGAGGGUCCGAAUGAUGGGUUAGUUAGUGUGGAGAGUAGUCGUUGGGGUACGUAUAAGGGGACUUUGGUGGGAGUUAGUCAUUUGGAUUUGAUUAAUUGGACGAAUAGGGUGAGGUGGAUGGUGGGGGAGUUGACGGGGAAUACGAGGAAGUUUAAUGCAAUUGCUUUUUAUCUUGAUAUUGCGGAUAUGCUGGCGAAGGAGGGGCUUUAG